AUGGCUUUGAUCCAGUCUCCUCCUGGCAUGCCAGAGAGACUUCUCCGAGCGACCGAGAAGCUCAAGACAGCUAUCAAAAUGAAGCCGUGGACCUCAACCCGUCAGCGAAAACAACAGAAGGAGCAAGCCGACCGGUGCUACCUCCUGGAAUUGCCGACCGAGCUGCUGCUGGAGAUCAACUCCCAUCUUACGCUAAUUCCAGAGGCAGCUCUCGCCUUGACCUGCAAGCGAAUGUUUGCAAUUUCGGGCGAAAUACUCAGCUCGAGGUCCCUACGCUUUACACGAGAUUUUGCACCGCUCUUCCACCAUUAUCGCAAUAGCCAUAACUUUGUCACUCCAAGAUGGCAGUUCAUCAAUCUGUUGGAGAAUGGCCGUUGGCGUGCAUGCUCGAAGUGCCUGAAGUUACAUCCUCGUGCAGCAUUUUCAUCUCGAGAAAUCAGGCGAAAGCCCGAAAAUCGGACCUGCAACGUGGGUGAAUUGGCCGGCAUUGUCGAUUUAUGCCCAUGCAAGAAAAUGACCUUCCGUGACAAGAUGGAUCUUGUUGACUAUCUACGAGUGCGUCAGACUACACUCAAGGCUUUGAAAACACAAUUCAGAGGCACAGUCUCCGGUCGUUAUCUCUGGCACUCGUGUACCGAGAAAUACGGGCCAACGGACUUGAAGGUGUCAUUGUUCCCUGAGCUUAAUGAAUAUGACCAACUGGUCAUUCGUUCCGAGUAUCAACUUACCACUCAAUCUGGCCAGGUUGGCAAGGAGGAAUAUAUGACGCCGCGAUUUGGGUGUGCUCAUCGAUCUGUCGAUCUGUGGCUGUCAAGCGUCUAUCAAUCCACCAUUUGUCGCCUGUUUGAUUCAUUCUGUACAUCCUGCCGAAGGAUUACUGUCUGCAGCGCGUGUGAAACGACGCUCAGGUGCCCUCGCAAGCAACCAUUCCAUACCGAAGAGUGUGGCAAAGCGACGUACACUUUCUGGACUGAAAGAUGCCUCGGUGGUAUAGACCCCAUCCCAGACGCUGCUUGGGGAGCUCAAAGAAUCCACCCCGCAGAGCCCUCCAUCAGUGUGGAGAACUGCAAUGAGCUCUGUCCUUGGACGGUACGAGAACAUCCCCCGCUUGCCUUUACCCCGAGCAUCGGUGAGGAGGUUAUCCAGCCAGCAAUCAGCGAACAACCUCUGGAUUCCCUGUAUUCUUCUAUUCGCAUGAUUUUCUCCGCCCCGACGCGACUCUCGGAGAUCACGACGCUUGCAACUCGCGCGCUUUGGGGAUCAGCUUCAGCUUAA